GGUACAGUUUCCCUUCUCUAAAGUUGUUCUUUAUUCUAUGCCUCCACUCGAAAACCAAAACGGCGUGCAGUUCCGCGUGUGCUUUCCCGUUAGUGGUUCAUUAGCCUGUUUUUGUGCUCUCAAAUAGCCUCCACUGAGCUGAGGGACCAUGGCUAGGCGGAAGAGAGGCAAGAAUAGUCGGAGUGCGGCCAGCAAGGUCAAUAAUGGCUCCUAUACCGAAGAUGCAUACAUUUCCGAUGCUGUCGAACAUCCGUCACGAAGUGAAGAUACGUUAGCAGACUGUAAGACGAUGGAUGACUCGGUCGGCAAAACUGACCUAAACAGUGUCGUCGAAGACGAGAGAAAUUCGGACGCACCUGAGCAACCGCGAAUCGUUCAACAAACCGUGGCGAACCGCAAGCGUGCGGAUCUGUCGGCCAGCGAAAUCAAGAAAAACGCCGCGCUGAUCGUCCAAGACAGAAAGAACGUCAACCUCCUCCUCGACGUCGUCGACUGCCUGUCUUCCGAAUCUGAGGACGUCGUGGUCGCUGCCGCCCAGGCGGCCAACAAGGUGUUCUGUCACUUCCUCAAGACGAGCGCGGCCCUGUACGAGAGCGAAGCCGCAAAACCCGCCGAAUCGCAAAACGCGCUCGAAAAGUUCAACGCUUGGCUUCGGCAGCGGUACGCCGACGCGUGGCGUAGCGUCGUCGCGACGAUUUCGGGCGCCUCGUCCUCCGGCCGCGUGCAGAGCCUCGCGCUCCAGGUCGCCAUGAAGUGGAUCGAGGUGGAGACGCUGCACAAGAAGCAGGGAGAGCACCACGUCCCCAGCGCCAAAGUAGCAGCCGUCGUCGAAGCGCUGCUGGACCCCGAGCGCGACAUGAAAAGCGUCAUCUCCAAGUUCAACCAGUUCCUCGACCUGGCCGACGUCAAGACGUACGCGCUCCGCGCGCUGGGCAAAGUGGCUCGGACCUGGAGGAGGAUCGACGCGCAGACGGCUACGAAACAAGAUGGCGAUGAGGACAAGGCGACGUCGAAAGAGGAAGAAGAGGAGGAGGUGAAAGAGUCGCAGUCGACGAAGAAGCCGGAAAUGACCGAUCGAUACCUGUCGAACCUCUACCACCUUCUCCUGGGUUUCGACAUGACUGCGGAACCGCACAAGCCGGGAGAGCCCGUUCCCGUUUUGGGAGGCGAGAGCACGAACUACAUCGUCAACCGCGAACAAGAGGUCAAGCGCCUGUCGGCGGUGUGGAUCACUUUCUUGCGACAGAAGCUUCCCGUGAAGCUGUACCGCGAGCUGCUCAUCCUGCUCCCCGAGAAAGUGGUGCCGUACAUGCACAACCCUCUCCUGGUCACCGACUUCUUCAUCGAGUCGUACAACCGGGGCGGCUCCUACAGUCUGCUGGCCCUUAAUGGUCUCUUCCUACUCAUCCACCGGUACCACCUGGACUACCCCAACUUCUACGAGAAGCUGUACGCCCUGCUGGAGCCGAGCGUCUUCUACGAGAAGUACCGGGCCCGGUUCUUCUUCCUCACUGAUCUGUUCUUGUCGUCGUCCCACCUUCCAGCAUACCUUGUAGCCUCGUUUGCCAAGAAGCUGGCCCGCAUGGCUCUAGCAGCGCCCCCUUACGCCCUUCUUUAUGUCAUCCCGUUCAUCGGCAACCUCCUGAUAAGGCAUCGCAGUCUAGUCACCAUGAUCAACGACUCCUCGGACCGCGACGCUUCUAUAGACCCGUAUGAAGCGGAACAGACAGACCCAAGCAAGUCGCAGGCUGUGGACAGCUCCCUCUGGGAGCUGAAGACGCUGCAGAGUCAUUGGUACCCCACUGUGGCUAAGAAGGCAAAGUUCAUCGACGACAACCUGCCACGAAUGGAGUGGGACUUCUCCGAACGACUCGAGGAGGGAUAUGCUGAAAUGAUGAAGCGCGCCAAGUCUGCUAAGCACAAGGAGGCACCGACAAACUUCCACAAGGUUGAAGGACUCUUGAAGCAAAAGGAAGAGCUUCUGAGUGAGUUGUGGACUUUGGAGUGAGAACAAUCCUCAGGCUUUCAUGAACUUGGCAUGAGGAAGACCAUUCCAUUGUGCGUAGAUGACAAUGUUGGCACAGUGUGUGUCCAAAAUCUGUCCUCGCAUGUGUCCUUGAAGAGUGGUGGUGCCUAUGGGCCAUCGCUGUGCCUUUUCAUCCUGUGAAACCAUGGAUGUCUCGGGACAUUUUGUCAUGUAACAUUAUUUGGAGAUCUGGAAUGUUUCACUGUUCCUGCAACUCAAAUACACCUGCACAUCAGGAGGUCUGCUGUACCUACUCAGCUACAAAGUGCUUGCAUUAAACAUUACAGAAAAAAUUGCCAAAUUACAAAAUUUCUUGUGCUAGAAAUACCCUCAAGCUGCGUUAGAAAUUACUCAAGUGGAAGUGAUGUUUGUAAAAAUCCUGCAAACAUUAUCAGUAGGCUACAAGGAACUGUAACCUGCUCAGUCAUUCUGACACAUUGAAUUUAGUAUGGAUAGUUACUGAAAUAAUGCAACUGUGUGCUCAUCUAAGGUUAUUGCAUAUCAGCGCAGCAACACAAGUAAAUUUCCUUGCUAUGCAAUGACAUUAGCUGAUCAUUUUUUUUAGUGCUUAAGUGGCACUACGAAGGUGUGGCAAGAUGAAACCUGCAAGAGCAUGUUCUUUGGUCAUUAUUGUUCACUUAUUCUCAAAACAAACUUUGCUUUGUGUCUUGCACAUUUGGGGUGAAGUUGAAGUUUUGCUCAAUGACCAAGUCAAACAUGAAAAAGUAGAGAGAUUUCAAAGCCUGUACGGGUCCUCGCUGAAAAUUUUGUCAAACCCUUGAUCCAACCUUUAUAGUGCCUUGAGACCACCAGUUGAAGAGGCCAUAAGCGUGUGACUUAUGGCAUCUUUGAGAGCAACGCUAUAGCUAAUUAGUGGAACUUAUGCACAAUAUAGAUAUUCUCCUAAUUUCGGAUAUGAUUUUAGUUUCUAAAUAUCUUAUUCGCCAAUUUUUCUGUGCUCCCUGGAAGUAGGAAAAGUAGGGUCUCUUGUACAAGUUUUGAGCUUCAUACCAGCCAUGGGAAAAUAGCCUGUGCUGCUCCUCAUAGACAAAUAAUUGCGAAUAAGUUCAAAAAGUAUUUCUUUUACUUUACCAUUUAAAAAAUACAUUGUAAUCUCAUUUAUAUUUAUUAAGGACACUGGUGAUUAGUUUCCUAAAACACAUAUGACCAGAAUUGCUGCAGAUUACAAUAACGCCUGCAUACUUUCAUUCUACACAUCCUUGUACAAACAAAGUUCCCCUACUAGCUGUUCAUGAUGUCAUAGAUUCGGACAGCACCUGCUCCAGGCUAAGUGAUGCUUUGUCGACAAACAAAAAAGUUCAACAUUUCAAUAAUAAGUUCAACAUUGCACUCAACCUAAGGGGUUCUGAGAAAUUUGCACGCACAGAAAUGAAAGACAUAAUGCAGAUGUACCAGUGCUUUGGUUUGCCCAUAAAAUUCAGAGGAACUGUCACGAUCAACCCGGGCUCGUGAACGACGGGGGGGGCUGCGUUUUCCCCACUAAGAAGCAAUGUUUCCUCGCCACAUAAAUGAAAACAGUUGUGAUAGAAUACUUCACGAUUCUAAACUGUUUUAGCGCUGCUCUUUAGUAUCCCUUUAAAGAAUUACCUCUAAAAACUUAGCAAAAAUGCAAGCAAGCUUCGGAGCACCCUGAAUAAUUUACUGAGCUGCUUAUUGCUACAAACCAGUUUCGGUUGCGGUACACGGGAAGUGGAUGUGUCACAACCAUAUGUCAGCACACUCACUCGCAAGUACGCCGACUUAACUCACUCCAAACUCAUUUCGCAAGCCUGAGUGAGUGCUAGUGACCUUGAGUGGACGCGAAACACGUAGGAGUGAGUACCGAUUGGCGCGGCUUCAAACGAAAGUCACUGACUUUCAUGGAAGCUUGAGUGAACGUUAUGUAGCAAUGGGGGGGACUGUCAGUGGGCAUGGCGGAAUUUUUCCUUGGCAAAAAUUUCCAGGGUCGCACAUCGCAUUCAGAGUGGAACGCACCAGCUCCCACGAUACAUACAAGCCGCGUGGACUCCGGGGCACAAGUCCUUACAUGGCAAUCAACAGGCACACGCCUACAUCCGAGCGCACCCACACUAGGAACCGCAAGAGGGUUAUGCCGAACAAUUCCACGCCGAGCGCAUACCAUUAACCUACUUGCACACCCUACAACACUAUUGCCUUUCACGAAGAACACUACUGCCGCCUCGUAAUGCUCCAACACGAGAGGAAACCGUAAUGUGGCGGAAACUCCAAAGAAACAUAACCACACUUGAGUCUCUACCAUGCCAUACACUCCGUGCUGUAUUCCUAUAAAUGCCCGCACUGCGAUUAAUGCGCGGCACUUUACCACAUGGUAUCAGCUUACGCAAGCACGCGAGACCUCACCGCAUGGCAAUGGGAGGCCGUGCGGUGAGGUCACUGCACUGUCCAGCUCCAACUCAACGAACCAGCUCAACCUGGUCAACCAAGCAGGAAGGGCAGUAACUCUGUAGUAAAACUGUAGUAACUCUGCAGUAUCUCAGUAACUCUGCAGUAUCUCUGUAGUAAAAAAAAGAGGAGGGGGGAAUAACCACGUGAUUUCGAAUGCUGGCACAGUAGCCAUCUAAGAAUUAAAACUAUGCGGCAGUGCCGAGUUCAUCCAAGUCGCUUUGAAAACUGGUUCAUUGCCAUUGAUGAGCUGUGCUCGUCCAAAGCCAAAUUAACCAGGAUCACGUUGACGAGCUAACCUCCUCCAAAACAUUUACGGUGUUAAAGUGCUACUUGAGCUACUUGCUCAUAAUGUCAGACAAGUGGUUGUCUUAAAACUGCCUUCUUUCAUGUACACGCUAUGUGCCAUGUUUUCAGUACUGCUCUGCAGUACAAACUCUGAAGUUUCUCUUGUGUGCAUUCUGCUUUGUUUCGUGUAAAUUUGGCACCAGUAAAUCAUGUUCCCCAAUACCUGCAACUCACUGA